GUGUCCCUCGGCGAUGAUGGUGAUGAGAGGGAGUUAAUCUCCUCCGCUAAGAUUUAACCAACAUUUAUCCACUCGCGCCGAAAUUCGCCGACAAGUCUUUCCGUCCGCUCCUGUAUUUUUGGUUUAAUUAACUUAAAAUCGGUAUUUUGAAACAUUUCUUGUCAGUCGAAAGUUUGCGGCUUUUCGUGAAAGACGACAUUCUCGCAUCAAUCCUCGCGCAUAUCGAGUGCUCAAUUAAUAAUUUUGUAACUUUUCCAAUUACGCAAAUAUAUUAUAAAAAAUGGCGCCACGCAACAAGGAACAAGAAGCCGAAGUUCUUAACUGGAUUGGGCAAGUUCUUGGUGAGAAGCUAUCGGGUGACUACGAAAAUGUCCUUCGGGAUGGAAUUGUGCUCUGCAAACUAAUUAACAAAAUUGUUCCUGGCUCUGUGAAGAAAAUUCAAGAGCGUGGCACCAAUUUCCAGCUCAUGGAAAAUAUCCAAAGAUUCCAGGCUGCCAUUAAGAAGUAUGGCGUACCUGAGGAAGAAAUCUUCCAAACAGCUGAUCUGUUUGAACGCAGAAAUAUUCCCCAAGUUACCCUAUGUCUUUAUGCUCUAGGAAGGAUUACUCAACUCCAUCCAGAGUACACUGGACCAACACUUGGACCCAAAAUGGCCGAAAAGAAUGAACGUACAUUCACCGAGGAGCAACUUCGUGCUCAUGAGGGUGAACUGAAUCUUCAGAUGGGUUUCAACAAAGGUGCCUCCCAGUCUGGACAUGGUGGCUUCGGCAAUACCCGCCACAUGUAGAUUACGCAAUUCUAUUGUAUUUCAAAUGAUAUCUUUUCUCAUGCACAAUUUGUACGUUUUAAUCAAGAAAAAUUGAACUUAGGUAAUUGUGCUUUUCUAUUUUCCAACAUUAAUUCUUAUUUCACAAACACACCAAAACGAUAAUAAUAAUUGAAUGCACAAUAAAUUGCAUUUGAUGCUUGAAUUGA